AUGUCUUACAUUUACCAAAAUAACGCCAAUAGCAACAAUUUUAAUAAUCAAAACACUCAAUAUAACAAUGCUCAAGGUAAUCGAUACCAGAGCCAGAGCCAGAAUUACCAAAUUCCUAAUCAGUUUGAGUCCCUACAAGGUUCCAUGUCAUUUGCUAACCCUCAAGAUGGUAAUAACGGUUCUGGUUUAGGGCUUCAGGCUGACCCUCUACCUUUAGGUUUAUUGCAAGCUUUGUCUACAAGGGGCUAUCCACACGAGCCACCAUUAUUAGAAGAAUUAGGUAUCAAUUUCGAUCACAUCGUUACCAAGACUAAGCUAGUUCUAAUACCAGUGAAAUCUUCUAAUUCCAUAUCACAAGAAAUUUUAAACGAUUCGGAUUUAUCUGGUCCUUUGAUCUUUUUCUUAUUGUUUGGUUUAUUCUUACUUUUAGCCGGUAAAGUACAUUUUGGUUACAUUUAUGGGGUAGCUCUAUUUGGUUCAACCUCAUUGCAUUUGUUGUCAAAAUUCAUGGGUAGCAAUGAAUCAUCUGUGCAAACAAAGUUACAAUAUUUCAAUACUGCCUCUAUUUUAGGUUAUUGUUUCCUGCCUUUAUGCUUCCUUUCCGCAUUCGGGAUCUUCAUCUCAUUAAAUAAUACCCUUGGUUAUACCGCAGCUAUAAUAUUCGUCUUUUGGAGCACAUGGUCUUCAUCAGGCUUCUUUAAUUCCUUGUUACAACUGCAUCAUGCUAGAGCUUUGAUCGCAUAUCCGCUAUUCAUAUUUUACAGUGUUUUUGCAAUAAUGGCCAUCUUCGUGUAA